AUAAAUUUUUCUGGGAGUAGAUAGGAAUGACCCAAUUAAAUAUUUCCCCUGCACACGGACACUUACAAUGCAGCUAGCAAAGAGCUGUUUGUCCAUCGAUCCACAUCAAUGGCUCGUGCGAGAGCAUCUCCCGGAACCUCCUCUGAUUCCAACACUUUUGGGGGUUACCGAUACGACGUGUUCUUGAGCUUCAGUAUCGAAGAAACUCGCAAGAAUUUUAUCGACCACCUCUACACAGCCUUGAACAACGCAGGAUUUGCCACGUUCAGAGACGAUGAACUUGAGAGAGGAGAAGAUAUAAAGCCAGGACGGCAGAAAGCGAUCCAGCAGUCACGAACUUCUGUUGUCGUGUUUUCGAAAGAUUACGCGUCAUCCAGAUGGUGCCUUGAUGAGCUUGUUGUGAUCCUUGAAUGCAAGAGGACCACCUCGGACCAUGUAGUUGUACCAGUCUUCUACGAUGUCGAUCCGUCCGACGUGAGGAAGCAGACGGGAAGUGUUGGAAAAGCAUUUGCUAGAAGCCAGAAAAAUCAGUCGCUGGAAAAGGUGGAGGGAUGGAGGAAGGCACUUGCAGAGAUUGCAGAUCUAGCAGGCAGGGUCUUACAAAAUCAAGCUGAUGGGUACGAAUCAAAGUUUAUCAAGAACAUUGUUAAAGUGAUUGGAGACAAGUUAAGUCGCAUACUAUUGAGUGUUGAACCAAAAUUCAUUGGAAUCCAAUUUCAAGUCGAACGCAUCAAUUUUUGGUUACAAGAUGGAUCAAGUGAUGUUGGUAUACUUCUUGUGUAUGGCAUGUCUAGAGUAGGGAAGACAACCAUUGCAAAACAUGUUUACAAUUCAAAUUUUAGAAGCUUUGAAGGAAGUAGUUUCAUUGAAAAUAUCCAAGAAAGAGCAGAUCGACCAAAUGGCUUAGUUCAAAUACAAAUGCAACUUCUUUCUGAUAUUUUGAUCGGUAGAAAAGUGAAAAUACAAACUGUUAGUGAGGGAAUAAUUAAGAUUGAAAGUGCCAUAAGCUCUAGAAAAGUUCUACUUGUCCUUGAUGAUGUGGACCAUAUGGACCAAUUAGAUGCAGUACUAAAAAUGAAAGAUCGGUUUUAUCCCGGAAGUAAGAUACUUAUAACAACUAGGCGUGAAAGGUUGCUAAAGGCAGAUCAAGUUACACAGGUGCACAAAGUUCAUACUUUGGAUUACAAUGAAUCAUUACAGCUUUUCAGUUGGCAUGCUUUUGGCCAGGAUCACCCCCUUAGAGGUUACAUGGAAUAUUCAGAAAAGGUUGUACACUACUGCAACGGACUUCCAUUAGCUCUAAAAGUUUUGGGUUCUUCUUUAUCAAGGAGAAGUAUAGGUGUAUGGGAAAAUGCAUUGGAGAAGCUAAUAGUUAUUCCUAAUGGUGAAAACAUGAAUAAACUAAGAAUAAGCUAUGACAGUUUAGAUAAGCAUGACCAGGAAUAUUCCUCCACAUUGCUUGUUUCCUAAUAGGAAGGGACAAAAACUACAUUGUUAGAAUACUCGAUGGAUGUGAUUUCUUUACAAUUGUUGGCAUUGAAAAUCUCAUUGAUAGAUGCUUGGUGACAAUUGGAGGAUGCAACGAGGUGAACAUGCAUGACAUGAUUCGUGACAUGGGAAGAGAAAUUGUCCGCCUGGAAUCAGAAGAGCCUGAGAAACGUAGUAGAUUAUGGCGCCAUAAUGAUUCUUUCAAAGUAUUGAGGGAAAAGAAUGGUACAAAAAUAAUCCAUGGUCUUGUCUUGGAUAUGCGUAUGCAUCCUGCACACAGUCCAAUAAACACAAAUGAGACAAUCUUGGAAACCAAUGCAUUUGAAAAGAUGCGCAACUUACAGCUACUCCAUCUUAGUCAUGUAUGACUGGAUGGAUGUUAUGCAGAUUUCCCUACAGGAUUAAGAUGGUUGUGUUGGUUUCAAUUUCUAUUGGAUUCUAUACCAAUUGAUUUUCCUUUGGGGUGUCUAGUUGUUCUUGAAAUGCAAUACAGUAGUUUGAGACAAGUCUGGAAGGAACAAAAUUUCUUCCAUCGUUGAAGAUCCUUGACGUCAGCCAUUCCUAUGCUCUCACUGAAAUAAUGGACUUCUCACUUUGCCCCAAUCUAGAAGAACUGAUUCUUGUAGAUUGCACAAGCCUGAUUGAUG